AUUCCAGGUCUGGAGGCACACGCCAAGCUAUUUAAAGCUCUGCAACAAGUCAAAAUUCAAGUGGGAAGGGAUCUGAUGCCUGCGAGAUAUUACUGUUCUCAAAACGUACCUCAGCUGUGACUAGGAAUGGAUGAGGGAGAAUACGGAAAUUACAUCAUACCUUUCCACCGGGCGCUGUGGAAAAUACAACCGGCAGCGGAAACUCGCUCCGUUUAUUUGCGUUAACAUCUGGUAUUACCUACCGGUAUCCUUGUACCAGUAUAAACGGAAAUGGCACCGGCCAUAGGCUCUGAUCCUGGAUACUAUUUCCAAACCAACUCAUCAGAGGCAGAAUAUGCUCGCAAAAAGGCGAAGUCGAAGAAUGUCAACGGGAACCCGAUUCAAUGCCGCUCAAAGCUGCUUGCCGUGACUCCUGAUCCGAGCAACAAUGGAAAUGUCUAUGUUGCCGAAGCCGCUGGUAGCGUCCGGCUCGUGAGCAUCAAGGAUGGCCAAAUUAUCAGCACCUUCUCAGGACCUAUUGCUCCGCUUACUUCAGUAACCGUGUCCGUAAUGAACGGCAAAGCAACGGUUCUGGCAGGUUGUUGGGACAAAAAGAUAUACAAGUGGGAUUCCGAUACUGCGAGUUCUGCUUCUCAGGCAGCCCUACCGUCACAAUCAGUGCUUACGGGUCACUCUGAUUUUGUGAAGGCCCUUCUAGUGACCACUGUCGGGAGCAGGAAUUUACUAGUUAGCAGCGGCGCUGAUUCCCUCAUCCAUGUGCACGAUGUUAUAUCUGGUAAACAGUUAUACACCCUCAAAGGACAUGCACGAGCUAUCCAGGCGCUGGCGUUGGAUCCCAUAUCUUCCUCUGCCACCACGGCAGUGGUAUGGAGUGCUGAUAGCACGAGAGAGCUGCGAAAGUGGCGUAUCAGUGCCGAAGAGGGCUUUGAGGUUGACUCGAGCUCAACGUCGAUAUCGAAGCCGGGCAUCGAGGGAAACAUCCAGCCACUCGUACCACAUGAAACGAGCGUAUAUGCCAUAAGUUUCGACUCUGAUGGCGAUUUGUGGACUGCUUCUGCCGACAAGUCAGUGAAGUGUCUGAGCCGGGAGCGAGGAUGGAGAGCCGAUACCACUCUCGAACAUCCCGACUUUGUUCGAGACUUAUGUAUCCACGAUGACGCUGGUUGGGUGAUAACGGCUUGCCGUGAUGAGAAUGUUAGGAUAUGGGACAAAAGCAAUGCGAAAUUGCUAUAUGUUCUGGACGGACAUUUUGAAGAGGUUACUGGCCUGUUGCUUCAAGGUACCAUUCUUGUGAGCAUUUCUAUUGAUGCGACUAUUCGUCAAUGGAACCUCAACCCAAAGGAGCUGGAGAAGCUAUCGGCGCCGCCGCCGGAAGACGAGACAGUGGCUCCUAAGUUGGACGUGCUCACAGCUGAAGAAGAUGCGGAACUGGCUGAAUUGAUGGGUGAUGACUGAAGGGUGUGCUACGGGUGCGAUGUCGAUCGUUAAUUUUAUAAUAUUAACAUCGGCCUUCUGGCUGUCCUCCUGGCUGUCCUCUUGGCUGUCCUCCUGGCUACCCCCUGACCUGACCUUCGCCUUUCUGUCUCAUGUUUCCCGAAUACAUUAUCUGACUCCUAUUUAGCUGACCUCAGGGAGCGGGAUGUAGUACUAAAACGGUAGCGAAACUUAGCAGUAAGUAUCGAGGGACAAGCACAGUGACUGUGACUAGGGAUUCGGGGG